CCCGUCUCGUCCCCGGAGGGGGUCCUCGGUGCGGUCGGCUCCGCCGCGUCGAGGGCGGUGGCGCUCGGUCGGGUCGCUUCGGUCGGCCGUCGUGGCGGUGCCGCGCCGCUGCGCCCCUUCCGGGCUGCCGUGCGGUCUGUCGUCGUCUCCGCUCCGCGGUCGGCUCGGCAGGUUUUCUUUCGCUCGUGCUGUUGCUGCUGACGCCUAUGGCUCAAGCUGUUUUUGGCCCAGGCCAUCGUUCAGGGUCAGGCGGCGGCGCGCCACUCUGUCCCACGCCGGGAAAGCAAUGCCCGCCCGCGCCCGCGUCAGCAGGGUCCAGAGCGAUAUCCUCAAGUACCAGAGGAGUUCCCGGCUGCUGCUCCGCAAGUUGCCUUUCCAGCGCAUGGUCCGGAGCAUCAGCAACGAUCUGGACCCGGGCAGCAGCUGCAAGAUGAAUCCAGUGGCGCUGCAGAUGUUGCAGAAGGCCUCCGAAGAGUACGCUCGAAGGCUCUUCGAGAGCGCCAACCGCUGCGCGAUGCACGCGAAGCGCGUGACCGUCUUUCCCAAGGCCCUCCGGAGCGUGCACGGGCAGCGCCCCGCGGGGCUGCCGCCGCGGGGUCGGCGACUGGGCGAGGCGCCGCCGAGGACCUUCACCUCGCUCGCGUCCUCAGCGGCAGGCAGCACGCUCCGAGGCACGCGCCCUCGGCCGGCGCCUUCGGCGGCGGCCAGCGGGGCGCGCAGGCCCUGCGAGAGAUCCGGAGGCUGCAGCGGGCUGACGGGCCCGUGAUCCGCAGGCACUGCGCCGCAAAAACGCGUGCACAGGCCCCCCCCCCCCCGGGGUCAGGGCCCAUGUCUCCGAGGAGGAACCAAAAUAUCGGAGGUGGAUAGACCUCCUACCCUGACACGUCGAUUGAGGAAUUGGCCGUUUUCGGUUCGCGAGAGGGCGUCGCGGCCGUCAUUUUGCGGGUCCAGGUCCGUCGGUUUCGGUCCCAGGCCGUUUUCCCUAAGGGGAGGUUUACUAAAGGGAGGUUUGUCCACCGCAGAAAGUACCCAUGCCUCUGCUCUUCGCCCGCUUUCCCUUGUUUGGGCCUCCUGCUAGGAGGCCCUCGUCGCCACCGCCGGAUUUGCCUCGAAAUUCUGGUCAGAGCGCACCCCGGGAGAGGUCCGGGGUGUAGCGGUAUCGGUGCCUUUUGAUUUCCCCAACGUCGAUCUGAUCGAUCCGGCUCGAGUUCGGUUUUGGCCGGUCCGAG